AAGACAAACUGCAACCCAUAACUCCCAAUCAAAUUCCUCAAAUAAACUAAGCCCUAAAUACUAGAAACAUUAAAUUACUUAGCUGUCUCCUCUCCAUAGAGUCCGCGUUGCCACUUUCCUUCAAACACAGUCUCACUUCCCGCACACACUAUAUAUAACUCAUCAAUUUCAAUUCUCUAUUUCCCUCCCAAAAACACACACACACAACAACAACAAGUCAAGACCAGAAACAAAGACAUCAAACGCCAUAAACUCACCCUUUUCAACAAACUAUUCCAUUCACUCAAAUAAUUUCAAAGUUAUAAACUUUACAUCCAUUAGCAUGUUUCCCAUCAAUCAUAUUGUCAAUAACCAGCUUCCGAGUAGCUCCUCGGAGAACACUGUCUUGUCAUCGCCGUUGUCGGAGGGGGAGGUAGUGCUGGCGGCUAGCCACCCCAAGAAGAGAGCGGGGAGGAAAAAGUUCAGGGAGACGCGCCACCCUGUGUACCGCGGCGUGCGGCGGAGGAACUCCGGCAAGUGGGUUUGCGAGGUGAGGGAGCCAAACAAGAAGACGAGGAUAUGGCUCGGGACGUUCGCCACUGCGGAGAUGGCAGCGCGUGCGCACGACGUGGCCGCUAUCGCUCUCAGGGGGAGGUCUGCCUGCCUCAACUUCGCAGAUUCGGCGUGGCGCCUUCCCAUGCCGGAGACGACAGACGCAAGAGACAUCCAGAAGGCUGCAGCGGAAGCUGCCGAGGCAUUCCGCCCCGUGACGGAAUUGGAGACUGGUGAAGUGAGGCGGGAGGGUGCUGUGGGGGUAAAGGCGGCGUCAGAGACGACCAUGGUGGCGGAGGCGGCGGAAGAGCAAGAAGGAGAAGGGGUGCCGGAGAUUUGGAGGACCAUGGCGUUGAUGUCUCCAACGCAUUACAGUGGGAGUGAGUUUGGCGUUGAUGACGUGGAAUUUGAUGAUGCCGAAGUAUCGUUGUGGAGUUAUUCGAUUUAAUUUAAGGAGGCAAAAAAUACGAGUCAUUCAUUCAUUCAUUAUUUAUUUAUUCAUUUAGAAACUAUUUUUAGGAAUAAAGAGAUUGUUUGUGUAGUAUUAGACGUUUUGACCUUUCUGGGCUAAAGUGUCCGUACUCCUAGGUUUUUUUUUACACUAGUACGGAUGAUGCCACAGAAAGUGAUGGGGAAUGUGGAUAGAUAGAAAUAUAGAAAAUCUGAUUAAAAAGACUACAUAGAAUUUAUUUCUUCAGAUUGUGUAUAAUUAAAAAGAAAAUCAAUCAUAUAUGUAUAUAUAAUUUAUGGUUUU